AUGGCAAUUGAAUUAAAAGGUGCAAAAGCAUUCCGUUAUCGUAUUGUUUUAUCUACUUUACUUGGUCAAACUAUUAGGAUUACUUCUAUUCGUGAACAAGAUAGUAACCCAGGGAUAAGAGAUUAUGAAGUAGAUUUUUUAAAAUUAGUAUCUGAAGUAACUAGUGGAGCACAGAUUGACAUAGGUAAAGAUGGUACUUCAAUUUUAUAUAAACCAGGGAUUGUGAAUGGUGGUAAUUUUCAACAUACAUGUAAUAAUGGAAGGUCAUUAGGUUAUUACGUUGUUCCAUUAUUACUUAUUCUUCCUUUUGGUAAAGGAAGUACAACAAUUACAUUAAAUGGGAUUACUAAUGGAAAUGAUGACCUUUCAAUUGAUCUUAUUCGAUCAACAACAAUUCCUUUAAUCCAAAAGUUUGGGAUAGAAGAAGAUAUGCUUAAUGUUAAAGUCAUUAAACGAGGUGCUCCUCCUGUUGGAGAUGGUGAAGUUCUUAUUAAUUCUUCAAUUAUCAAACAAUUAAAUCCAAUUAAUUUAACAGAACAAGGACUAGUACGUUCUAUUCGUGGUGUUGCAUAUUCAACAAAAACAUCACCUCAAAUGAGUAAUCGUAUGGGAGAAGCUUCAAAAGGUAUUUUAAGUCAAUACCUUCAAGAUGUAUAUAUUACUACAGAUCAUUGGAAAGGUAAAGAAGCUGGUACUUCUCCUGGAUAUGGUGUUAUAUUAACUGCCAGUACAACAAAUGGUAAUAUUAUUUCAACUGAAUUAUUUGGUGAAGCUGGUAAUGUCCCAGAAGAUAUUGGUCAGAAAGUAGCUUGUGGGUUAUUAAGAGAGAUUGAAACAGGAGGAUGUAUUGAUUCUAUGCAUCAACCUUGGUUAUUUAUUUUAAUGACAUUAUGUUCUGAAGAUGUAAGUAAAUUAAGGUGUGGUGAUUUAACAGCACAAGCAGUAGAAUGUUUGAGAACUAUUAAAGCAUUAACAGGAGUUACCUUUCAAGCUCAAUGGGAUGAAAAAACAAAGACAUCAUUGUUAAGUUGUAUUGGAAUUGGAUUUUGCAAUUUGUCAAGAAAAAUUCAUUAA